AUGAAUUUGGGAAAUGAUAUUGGUAUUUUAAUGAAAGGUAGCUUUGUGUUGGCUGUGGAAUUACGUUUACUUGGUAAUAUCUCGGGACUGGUAUCUUCCCUAACGGUGGUCAUGGGUGAAAUAUUGUGGGGCAGUGUACCCUAUGUUUCGGGUACUCAGAGCAUUUGGAGGUCAAUCCUUUCCCUUGACUGGUUAUUCUUUCUCCUGUUUACAGAGGUUGGAUGA